UUUUAGAGUUAUUUGUUGUUCUUCGUCUAUUUAGCAAAAAUACGAAAUAAAUUCUAUUCUACUAAAAAUUGAAUAUGGAAGUUAGUAUAGAUACAUUUGAUAAAAUAUGCCGUGUCUGUUUAAUACAAUGUGCCGAUAUGAAAUCCCUGUUUACAAAAAUAGUCGAAGAAAAACGCAACUUGUUUGAGAUUUUAGGAUUUACUGCAAAUAUUAAUAUUAACUACGAGGAUCCUCUGCCGAAACAGGUUUGUAGUGAAUGUGAGACGGUCAUGUGCAAGGCUGAUGCAUUUAAACGCCGUUGUCUUAACUCUGACACGAUUUUAAACGAGAUUUACCAAAAUUCUUUGAUCGUCGACGAUCCUUCUUUAAACGACAAGAAAUGCUCAAUAAAGGAUGAAAAUGGGGAUUUAGCUGAUAAAUUAAGCUCGUAUGUUACUUCUGAAGUUCCAAACACGGCAGAUUACGAUACACAAGAUCACUUUGACAAGAAAAAUGUUGUGGUACAUGAUACUUCGGUUUUUGCUGUUACUGGUGGUAAUUUCUGUGAACAAACUGACACUGGAGUAUCAGUACACCCUGAACAAUUGGUUAAAGAAGAGAUGAACCUUAAUUUUGAUGAAGAUAUAGGAUUUCCUGACCAUUAUGAUGAUGAAAUGCCAUGUACUACAUCUCCAAAUGAUUUGAAAGAACAAGCACCUGAAUAUUCAAUGUACAAAUGUCAAUGCGGCACAACAUUUCAAGAAAAAGACAAAUACGAAAGCCAUAAAAAGCAAAAAUGUAAAAAUAAGAAAGUUAUAAUUAAAAAAAAUAAAAUUGUAAGAAAAAAUAUUGAAUUCGGCUGUGGAGUAUGUAGUUCUAAUUUUAAUAAUUUGAAUGCUUUAAAACAACAUCAACAAGUACACUGUAACGAAAUUGAUACUAAGCCGCAAGUACAUAUUUGUAAAUUGUGCUUAGUCCCGUUCAAAACGAAGUCUGCGUUGAGUAGCCAUAUAAAAAAGCAUGAAAAAACUGUAAAUAGCAAGUCUGAAACUUACCAAUGCUCAUUUUGUUUACGGAAAUUUAAGAAUAAGUCUUCGUUGUCCACUCAUAUGCAACGCCAUGAACAGACGGACAGUAUAAAACAUACAUGCAAAGUGUGUAAGAGAGAAUUUAAGUACAAAGCUUAUUUAGAUAAUCAUAUUUCGACAAUGCAUUCAAGAAAGAACGGAAUUAGUUGCGAAUUGUGUGCUCAGAAUUUUCCCAGCGAAGAGAGUUUGGAGUUACACAGAGAUAGUCAUAAGAAUGAGAAAAAGCAUCGCUGUACGGUUUGCAAUAAAGGGUUUUUGAUGUUGUGUACUCUUAAAGAACAUAUGCGUACUCAUACGGGUGAGAAACCGUUCUUAUGUUCACAAUGCGGACGAGGGUUUAGUCAGAAAACUAACUUAGCGCAGCACAUGAGAAGGCAUCAGGGCUUGAAGCCGUUUAAAUGUGAAAAUUGUGAAAAAAGAUUCGUAUCCAAAGGUGAAUUGGACGCUCACAACAGGAAACACAGUGGAGCACACCCCUUCGUCUGUGAUGACUGUGGCAACGGCUUUACAACUUCAAGCGCUUUGGUCAAACACAGACGCAUACACACCGGAGAGAAACCCUACCAGUGUGACCUUUGCCCGAUGAGGUUUGCAGCUUCAGGGACUCUUAAAAACCACCGAAGAACUCAUACAGGUGAACGGCCUUUCCAAUGUUCGUACUGUGAGAAAGCUUUUGUGCAACGCAAUGAUUUGAUUUCUCAUAUCCGCUGUCAUACGGGUGAGAAACCUUAUAUUUGUAUGCAGUGUGGACAGUCGUUUAGGAAGGCUUCAGGGUUGAAGAGCCAUGUGAAGAUGCAUGUCAAGGAACCGGUGUUGAUGCCCGGUGUGAAUGCAAUGUUGAACGGUAUGCACUGUGCUGAGCAGUGAAUGGUGGGCAUAUUAUCACAUACCAGGGGGCUUGCUCUUGAAUCCAAUUCCGAUCCAUCGACAUUGGUAUUGUGUAAUUUCGUACUCUUGAGUUGCAACACUAGC